ACCCAGAAUGUACAUUCCCAACACGCGCUGGACCUGGGCUUUCAUGCUCACGGCCAUUGCCCAGGUCUCCAUCGCCCUUGCCCUAGAAUCCUAUGUCUUUGGUAAAUUCCAAUCCCAGAUCCACUUCGCUGCCGAAGGCGCAGGCGCAACCGAAACACACACCAUCCCCACGUUCCUUGCCGUCUUCAUGUUUGGUUACAUCUACCAACUCUUCCUCACAUGGGACGCCUUGCGCCUCAAGAACACUAUCCAAGUCAUCGGCCUCGUGCUCUACAACAUCGGUAUCCUCGUCUACGCCGGUAUCCAGUACGACCAGAUCAAGGACGCGGCCGACGACCUCAACAACAACGCCUUCAUUCCCGCCUUCUUCUGGGCAGAUGUCAAGCCUAUGCUGAUUGCUCUUCCCUGCCUCAUGGCUCUCGCUACCGUCGUCUUUGCCUUUGAAGCCUGGAAGUUGUAUGACGAGUUUGCCUGGACAAUCUACAAGCGCAUCAGCGCUGAUACGCGUCUGAAAAAGCGCUAUCUGACCUACCAGAUUUAUAUUGCUCUUUUGAAGUUUGAUUUCUUCUUUUUCCUGGCCUUCACCGUACAGUUUCUCGUCGUGGUUGAAAACACAACGAAGCUAGAGCAAGCCCUUACCGCCGCCGCCCUCGUCGUCACUUUCUUCCUUUUGUUCCUCGCUGCUUGGUGGGUCCGCCGCGAGUCUUUUGCCGGCAUGAUUAGCAUCAUCAUUGUCUAUUUUAUCUGCAUGGGCUACUUCCUGUUCAAGCUCAUUCGAAUGUAUGUUGCCGACAUCAACCGCCAGGAGGACUACAAGCCAGCCCGCAAGUCUCUAACUGCGUUUGCCAUCCUCACCAUUCUACUACUGAUUUGCACCAUUGUAACGGCAUGUCUGUGCACACACAACUUCAACAAGGGCCUCAAGCCGCACAUCAACAACAAGGUUGUGCAAAACGACAAGCCAUACAGCACAGAAAUGCCAUCACUGAGUGGACCAGCCCCGUCGCAACGGAUGGAGAUUGAUUAAGUCGCCUUUUCUACAUACCCAAUUUACGCACACAAAAAAUAUUAAAUUACGACAUGAAUUCUUGGAUACCCGCGUUUCCUGAGCACAGCUCUGAUCAUACCCGGACGAGAUCAGCUGGCCUGGCGUUAUUUCAUCUUGGAAUCUGCUUUGGGCGAUAGGCGGUGAGAUCGAGACACAGAUGGACCUGGAUGGGAUCUGAUGUCGUAUCCAAGCACCACGUGUAAUACUAUAUCCGCGCCACUUUUGUUUUGUUUUCCUUUUCCUUCUUCCUAUUCUCUUUUUCCUUGUAUGCAAGAACCGUUGUACAACACAGGUCUCGCAUUUUGUAACUAGUUGUCUGCUCAUACUAUACCCCACCAUGAACAGACGAGUCGCGAAACUGAAUUGAGUUAUGAUCUUUUUCCAA